AUGGCAGGCACCUCGUUGAAGCCAUCGAUGCAGUCAGUCCCGAAGUCAUACAUACCCCACACAUGACACACAUACACACACAUACAGACAUCACACACACAUGCACACACACACAGACACCAUGAGCCCACCAAGGCAGGCUGGUCGCCAUUAAAUGCAGUGCAGACCGUCCUGCAUCUCGGUCAUUGUUCGAGAACCCGCAAAACCCACCUGCAACGACGACUGACGCACCCGCCCUCCCUCCCUCCCGUCCUCCAUCUACUCAUUGCACGCAAGCACUCAGCCAUGGGAAAAUGAACGAGUGCAUUCUUCCACCAUUCAGCAUUUGCAAUAGCUACCCAGACGCCCGACUAACCAGCCGUCUGCAGCACCUCGAUCUCGAAGCACAGGUCUGCACGUCACAGGGAUGCAUGUGUGUGUGUGUGUGUGUGUGUGCAGGUGUUGUGUCACCUGCGUCGGGAGGGAUUCCCCAUGCAGGGAAGCCGCUGGAUCCAUAGCCCACUGACAGGACAGGACAGGACAGGACAGGACAGGAGAGAGAUCUGAGCCCAUGGCCCCCAAUGGCAUUAUGCGUGUCGCGUACUGUUGGCAGGUAUCAUAAUGUUGGCCUUCUCUCCGACCUUCAUGCCCAGCACGCCUUGGUCCCACCCAGCAAUCACCUCGCCCUUACCGGCAUUGAACUGGAACGGCUGAACGAUUGAUUGAUCGCCCACACCCACCAACACACGCGCAGCGACAUCCACCACACACGAUUCAUGCGCAGCUGUCGAGUGUCAAGUGUCGACGACAGAGACGGUCGACGAGGGAGGGUACCUGCUGGCCGGGGUCGCGCGUGGACCAGAAUUUCUUCAGCGCGCCACCAGGCUGGCGCACGUUGCCGGUGGCAUGCACGGUCGUCCGCAUCCCUGCCUGCACAACAGGCCCGUUGCCUUCACACACACAUACAUAGAUCAGCGACCAAGGGGAUGCCUCAGGAACGUCGUCCCUCUUUCCCUCGGCUCACCUGGAGUGAUGAUCUCCUUGGCAAGCUGUGUAAUCCUCGACAUGACAGCGGAACAACUGGUAGAACUGCGGGAAACAAGAACGGUCAGCCCGUCAUUGCAUGUGCGUGUGCCUUUCAGAUUUCAGCUCUGCUUACUCAGGGCUGCUCCUCU